ACCCACUUCCGGCUCUGCCUCCCGGGGGACCGCUUUGCCCGGUACACACGCAGCUUCUCGCCGGCUUCGGCGCCGUCCUGUGCCCCGAUCGGAUCUCGCUCCUGCAGGAAGCUUAAAAUAAUUCCACAAUGACGGACUCCAAGUAUUUCACAACAAAUAAAAAAGGAGAGAUAUUCGAGCUGAAGGCUGAGCUAAAUAAUGAGAAGAAGGAGAAGAGGAAGGAGGCAGUAAAAAAAGUUAUUGCUGCUAUGACUGUGGGCAAGGAUGUGAGCUCACUGUUCCCAGAUGUGGUGAAUUGUAUGCAGACGGACAACCUAGAGCUGAAGAAACUUGUUUAUCUCUAUCUCAUGAACUACGCAAAGAAUCAGCCUGACAUGGCCAUCAUGGCUGUGAAUAGCUUUGUCAAGGAUUGUGAAGAUCCAAAUCCCUUGAUCAGGGCUCUGGCCGUCCGAACGAUGGGCUGUAUCCGUGUGGACAAAAUAACAGAGUACCUGUGUGAGCCUCUUCGUAAGUGUCUGAAGGACGAAGACCCAUAUGUUCGCAAAACAGCAGCUGUCUGUGUGGCUAAGCUGCAUGACAUCAAUGCCCAAAUGGUAGAGGAUCAAGGUUUCCUGGAUUCAUUACGAGACCUGAUUGCUGACUCAAACCCCAUGGUGGUUGCAAAUGCUGUGGCCGCUCUAUCUGAGAUCAGUGAAUCCCAUCCAAAUAGUAACCUACUCGACCUCAAUCCUCAGAAUAUUAACAAACUCAUCACCGCUCUCAAUGAAUGCACUGAAUGGGGUCAGAUCUUUAUUCUCGAUUGCUUGUCAAACUACAAUCCCAGGGAUGAACGUGAGGCACAGAGUAUCUGUGAGCGGGUGACACCACGACUUUCCCAUGCUAACUCUGCAGUUGUCCUCUCGGCUGUGAAAGUGCUGAUGAAGUUUAUUGAGCUGCUUCCCAAGGAUUCUGAAUAUUACAAUACCAUUCUGAAGAAACUGGCUCCUCCCCUGGUCACCUUGUUAUCUGGGGAACCUGAAGUGCAGUAUGUGGCUUUGAGAAACAUUAACCUUAUUGUGCAGAAGAGACCCGAGAUCCUAAAACAAGAGAUAAAGGUGUUCUUUGUGAAAUACAAUGACCCAAUAUAUGUAAAACUGGAGAAACUAGACAUAAUGAUUCGCCUUGCUUCUCAGGCCAACAUUGCUCAGGUCCUAGCAGAGCUGAAGGAAUACGCCACUGAAGUUGACGUUGAUUUUGUUCGUAAAGCAGUCCGUGCUAUUGGCCGUUGUGCCAUCAAAGUGGAGCAAUCUGCUGAGCGCUGUGUCAGUACACUGCUUGAUCUCAUCCAAACCAAAGUCAAUUAUGUCGUCCAGGAGGCUAUUGUGGUCAUAAGGGAUAUCUUUCGUAAAUAUCCCAACAAAUAUGAAAGCAUCAUUGCAACCUUGUGUGAGAACUUGGAUUCACUUGAUGAGCCAGAUGCUCGGGCAGCUAUGAUCUGGAUUGUGGGUGAAUAUGCAGAGAGAAUUGACAAUGCUGACGAACUUCUAGAAAGUUUCCUCGAUGGCUUUCAUGAUGAGAGUACUCAGGUCCAACUGACCUUGCUUACAGCAAUUGUGAAGUUGUUUCUCAAGAAGCCUACAGAUACUCAGGAGUUGGUCCAACAGGUCCUCAGCCUGGCAACACAGGAUUCUGAUAAUCCUGAUCUCCGUGACCGUGGGUACAUUUAUUGGCGUCUACUAUCCACAGACCCUGUAGCUGCAAAAGAGGUGGUUCUGUCUGAAAAGCCUCUGAUCUCAGAGGAGACUGACCUGAUCGAACCAACAUUACUGGAUGAGCUCAUCUGCCAUAUUGGAUCACUGGCAUCUGUUUAUCAUAAGCCACCAAAUGCAUUUGUAGAGGGCAGCCAUGGAAUCCAUCGCAAGCACCUGCCAUUGCAACUUGGAGGAAGUGAGCCGGAUAGUCCAGUUGGACCAACAACUACAGCAAACUUGACUUUGGAACAGCAGCCUCAAGUUAUUCCAUCCCAAGGUGAUCUUCUGGGUGAUCUCCUGAACCUUGACUUGGGUCCUCCUGUCAAUGUACCACAGAUGUCUUCAAUGCAAAUGGGAGCUGUGGAUCUUUUGGGAGGUGGAUUGGACAGUUUGCUUGGAGGAGAUCUUGGUGGGCCCACUGGUGGGAGUCCAGCGGUUGGCCAAAGCUUUAUACCAUCUUCAGUACCAGCUACAUUUGGUCCAUCUCCAACUCCUGCCAUGUCAAGCAGUGGUCUGAGUGAUCUCUUUGAGUUGUCAACUGGAAUGGGAAUGGCAGCUGGAGGCUAUGUGGCACCAAAAGCUGUAUGGUUACCUGCAGUGAAGGCCAAGGGUUUGGAGAUCACUGGCACCUUUUCUCGAAGGCAGGGUCACAUCUACAUGGAAAUGAGUUUCACAAACAAGGCCUUACAGCACAUGGUUGAAUUUGCCAUUCAGUUCAAUAAAAAUAGCUUUGGGGUGAUUCCUACAACUCCACUUCCAAUUCACACUCCACUAAUGCCAAAUCAGAGCAUUGAUAUUUCCUUACCACUGAAUACCAUUGGCCCAGUGAUGAAAAUGGACCCACUGAAUAAUCUUCAGGUGGCUGUGAAAAACAACAUUGAUGUUUUCUACUUCAGUUGUCUGAUCCCACUCAACGUUCUGUUUGUGGAGGAAGGGAAAAUGGAGCGUCAGGUCUUCCUUGCUACAUGGAAGGAUAUCCCCAAUGAAAAUGAACUCCAGUUUCAAGUUAAAGACUGCCACUUAAAUGCAGACAUGGUGUCCAAUAAACUGCAGAAUAGCAACGUGUUUACCAUUGCUAAAAGGAAUGUGGAGGGACAGGAUAUGUUGUAUCAAUCCUUGAAGCUGACCAAUGGGAUUUGGAUGCUGGCAGAACUGCGCAUUCAACCUGGAAACCCCAACUACACAUUGUCAUUAAAGUGCAGAGCACCAGAGGUGUCACAGUACGUCUACCAAGUCUAUGAUACCCUUCUGAAGAACUGAAGAUUGGAACUAGCUCCCCAAUCGUACUGAAAGUACUCAUCUUGAUGCACUCCUCUCAACAAAUAUCACUAGCAGUGCGUACUAGAAAUGGAUCAUAAACAAAAUCUACAUUUGGUGUUUUUUAAUGGAAAUGCACUGAUGAAAUAGUGAAACUUAUAAUUGUAUGCAUUCAAUAGAAGAUGUCAACUAUAGUCACUUUCAGUGCGGCAGUUUGUGUUCUUCUGUUGCUUUCUCAAAACAAAACCACUGUUCAGACCACUAUCUCAAAGUGAUAUUAUUCCAACAGAUGUAUUUGUUCUGUGCCAAGUUUGUUGUGUUUUAUUAAUUGAUUUCGACCUGAUGUAUAAUUGGGCUAGGUAGCAUCUGUGCUAAUCUUCAUGGAAUGUGUCAAAUACAGAGGAUGGCCAAAAUAUUGGGUGUGUCUUUUAAGCACUGGGCAUGUCAAGGGAAAAGUACUGCAACUUGAAAUAUUUAAACCCCCGAGAGUCACUUACUCCACAAGAGAAUUUGUUUAUUUAACCAUGUGGUACUUACUUAAUCAAGCUUGUACAAAACUGUCCUUUCUAAGAUUCUUUCUUAUUUGAUGCAAAAGUCCUUCUGGUUCUUGAAGGGUUUUGUAUAUGUAUUCCCAAGAAGAAAUGCUAACUUUUAGUGUGAAUCAUUCACAUUAAUCUAAGGUGGACAGAGUCUUUUACUUGUCUGAAUCUCAUGUUUACCACUAAAACCAACUAAUGCCUAACUUCUCCUGAAACUUGCCCAGCAGUAUCAUGCUGAAACUUGAGGACUUGCUCUCUUGGUUUUAUUUGCAGUAACAUUUAUUGUCAGCAGCAUCCUACAUUGUAUCUGCAUUGUUCCCUUACAAAAUGCUUAAUUUUUAUAGAUGUGUUUGUUGCAAUUUUCCUGAAGAUUCCUUUAUAGAUUCAGCAAAAUUUUCAAUAAACGUUUGACAAAAUAAUAUCAUAUGCAAGAUGUCGCUAAGAUGCUCUUUGCUGUAUUUUGGUGGUGAUGCAUUGAUUGAUUCAUCCUUGCCAUCUGUGUUUUCUUUAUUAUAAUAAUUGUUAUUCAUUAGGUAUAAUUCAUUUUAUGUUCACACUGGAACGUGAAUAAAGUAGACUGAGCUGUGCAAAGUGUCUUGCUGACAAUCCAGGAAGAAUGGUAGUUAAGUGUUUAGUUGUAUUGGGGUGACUGAAUGUUUCAUCAGUACCUUUAUUUUACUCUCAUCAGUAGGCUAGAUGGAUUAACGUCUCUCUUCUGUGGUUAACUGAACAGUAAAACUUGAGGACCAGAUUUAUCUUCAAUGAAUGUAUUCUUUUUCAGGCAACUAACCUUCUACAGCACCUUUAUCCCUUAAACAUGGGAAAUGUCUUUACAUGUCCAUAAUGUUCACAGUUUCAAAGGUUUUUGUAAUAUGAUGGUUGUGCACAAUCUGGUUGUAAUUUCUGUCAGUCACCUGUAGUGCAUGGUUAUUGCAGUAUCAGUAGUGCAAGCAUGUACCAAGCAAUUAAUCCAAUAACAAGAAACAAUACAGAUUCACAUCUUGGAGCAUUUUAUCUUUUACUGUGAAGAAAUAUUUCACAAGGUUUUUGAACCAUUUUCUGUUUUAUUUUUGGUGUCCCUGUAACCUGAUUGAUUCAGUUCUCCAGUGUAUAAUUAUCAAGUAUUUAUAAUGGCAUCAUAUGGAACACUGACAUGAAGUGGGGGCUGAGGCUUAUUGCUUUGUUCUCAGAGAUGCUCAGUGUUUUCUGUUUUGUCGCAGAUUUCCAGCGUCUGCAGUUUUCUUGAUUUCCUCAAAGGUGCUUAUUACUUUCUAGUGGUAUAUUGGAAGAUUUAACUUCAAUGUGUCAAGGGCCUCCGAACUCCAGUGGACUAACCUCCUGCUGUAGCAAGACAGAGAAGGAUACAGUCAGAAUAAAAUGUGGAUUCUCAUUGUUCUGGGGUAGCUGGUCUCAUCCAGGUACCAAUAGGUAAUUCCAUAAUCAUCAUCAACUCUACUGGGCUGGAGUAGUGAGCUAUUAGCCAAGGUUGCCACUGUAAAUCACAGCUGGAUGGUUUUUGCCAGUCAUAUGCAUAAAAUGCUGUUGGUUGAGACGAUGGUCAAUGUGUCUUCUGCAGUCCAAUAGGCGGCCUGCACUCACUGUCAAGUCUCAUUUAGAGAACAGAAACUAUGCUUGGCCAAGGAACAAAACUCAGCUACAUGCAGUAUAUUCAGGAAAGAGAGGAAUUGAACGGGUGAUUUUUUUUUAAGUUUUUUGUUUGUUAAGGUUUCAACAUCAUAGCAAUGAACAAAUAUUUUGUAGAUAUCCAAACUGUUGUUCUGGCAGAACUAAUGGGAUUUUCAAAAACAAACCAUAUUUCACAAUAGAGAUUGUAUCCAGUGGUUAUAAUCCAGUAAAUUUGUAUCCAGUAAAUGUGAAAAGCAUGGGAGCUCAGGCAUCAUCAUAAUUUUGAGAUUGUGAAUAUAAUUCAGUAAAAAAGCCCAGAAUUAAAAGCUGGCAUUAAUUUAAAAACAUUAAGCCAGCGGAUUAUUGUAAGAACUUCUCAGGUUCACUAAUAUCGUCAGGAAGGAAAACUGGCUUCUUAACAACUCUGACCUUUACAUAACUCAAACAUUUAACUUAGUGGUAAACCAGUUCUAGGAAUAUCCUUAUUUAAUGGUGAAUCAAAGCAUGUUUUGUUGUGUGAUCAGAAAGUUGCAGCUGGUUCUAUGCUGAGUCUUUAUCUAUUGUCAAUGUGCUACUGCUUUAUACAGACAAAUACAUAAACUGCAGUCUAAGACAGUUAAUGUCAGCCUCAUUUUAAAAGUGAUUUCCUCAAUAGUUUGUUUUUGUAGUUUAUUUUUGUCAGAGUUUCCUGGGAAGGAAUGAGUUGAUUACAAGUUCUUCUGUUUCACAUUAAGUUAUAAAGAGAAUACAAAAAGACACUUUCUCUGGCCAUGCUGGUAUACACCUAAAAGAUUAUUGUGGAGCCAUUACUCCCCCAAGAUUUGAGGAAAGUUUCCUGCAAGACUCCUAACAGGAACACUGAACAGCUCAAGAUUAUUGCAUUUUAGACUUGUUAACAGCAGCAGAAUUGGAAUUCAGAUGAGAGGUCAUUCUAUACAAAUUUACUUUUGACCCAUGGUUUUCAAUGGCUGAUUAUUAUUCUGACAGAAUAAAAGCCAUUGCUGAGUUACUUGGGUUUCUACACUGGAUGACUGAAGGAUACACUGACCCUGCCCCUCACUUCCAUCCUUGAAAAACUGGUAUCUUAAAAUGCUUCAUUCCGUCCUCAAUGCAUUCCAAAUAUUGUAUUACUUGUCUACUGUACUGAGGUGUAAAAUUUCAUUUUCCAAAUUUAAUAUUCCACUGUUAACCAACUCUUGUGGCUCAUAUUAUUCUGAUUUCUGACAGAUUGAUAAAUAAAUUGCUUCUUUGAAUGUUACCAGAUUUAGUCAAAGUUGAUACAUGCGUAUGUGUCUAUUAAAAUCUGGCUUC